GAAGCCAAUCAAUUGUGCAGAGCAUUAAGCAUAUAAAACCGGAAAACACCAAUCCACAAUCAAUAUGAAAUUCUUCUCAGUCGUCACCGUCUUCGUACUUGGUCUGCUGGCUCUGGCCAACGCUGUUCCUCUGUCACCCGAUCCCGGAAAUGUGAUCAUCAACGGCGACUGCAAAUACUGCAAUGUCCAUGGUGGCAAGUAGGAAAUUUCUUCAAGGACUAUCUAUACAAGGACUCAACUAAACUAAAGCUCAACACACAAUAUUUAUGCUACCCAUUUAAAAUGUCACAUAGAAUUUAAAACAAUGCCAAACAUACAAUUACAAUAAAAAAGAGGGCAUUACUCCCUCUUUAAAUAACACAAAAA